AUGUCUAGCACCGUGCUCAUCGAGCGCAUCACCAACUGCCUCGCCCCAGCGCCCAAGGACGAACCCGAAGUCACCACCACGCCCGAACAAGACGACUACUCGAGAUGGAGGCCUUCUUACCACAUCAUCGCGCCCGCCGGCUGGAUGAACGACCCUUGCGCUCCCGGCUACGAUCCGACCACCCGUCAGUAUCAUGUCGGUUUUCAGUGGAAUCCCGACGGUGCCGAGUGGGGAGACAUCGUUUGGGGCAACUCGACCUCGCGGGAUCUGGUUUCCUGGAAGGUCGCACCCAAGCCCACCGUCAGCCGGGACACUUCGUAUGACCAUGCUGGCGUCUUCACCGGCUGCUUCCGACCCACGGCACCCAACGGCGCUCAAGAUGGCACUCUGACCUACAUCUACACCGCCGUCAGCAAACUUCCCAUCCACUACACGCUCCCCUACAACGUCGGGAGCGAAAAGCUCGCAAUCGCAACGUCCACCGACGGUGGCAAGACCUGGAGCAAGCCUCUGGGGAAUCCCAUUCUAAACGGCCCCCCGAGGAAUGUUCCCGUGACUGGUUGGAGAGACCCCUACGUUGCAUCGUGGGCAAACAUGGCCCGAGCGCUUGGUGGAGAACACGCUGAUGGAAAGCUGUUCGCCACCAUCUCCGGUGGUCUCGUUGGAAGAACGCCCACCGUUUUCCUCUACGCAGUGGAUGCCUCAGAUCUGAGCAAAUGGGAGUAUCUUGGCCCGCUGAUGGACGUUGGGCUGAACAAGAGGCCAUCGCACUGGUCUGGCGACCUGGGCGUGAACUGGGAGGUCACCAACUUCAUGACGUUGACGGAUGGCGACGGUGCAAGCCAAGAAUUCCUGAUCCUUGGCGCUGAGGGAUGCAAGUCCGUCUACCGCCAAGAGGAAAGUAAGCGGACGCCUCGCGGUCAGCUCUGGGUUGCUGGAAACAUUCGGUCCCGGGAGGGACAGACGACCACGAAUGCGCUGGUGGAUUACGCAUAUGGCGGCGUUUUCGACCACGGCUUGUUCUACGCCGCCAAUGGCUUCUGGGACCCCGAGACUCAGCAGCAGGUCGUCAUUGGCUGGGUCACGGAGGACGAUCUCCCCGUUGAACUCCAAAUCAAGCAACAGUGGAGCGGCUGCCUCUCGUUGCCCAGGAUCGCCGGCCUCAUGACACUCCGCCACGUCCGCAAGGCCCGCAAGUCAGAGCUCAAGUCCAUCACAUCGAUUCAGACCGAGUCAGACGCCCACGGAACGUCGACUGUGCGCACGAUGAGGAUAUCUCCCGACCGGAGGCUGCAAAAGUUACGCCGCUCCGCGCAGCAGACGGAUCUCCCUACCGCGUCACUCGGCCCGCUCGACGGGAGAACCCAGGUGCCCCUCAGGAGUACGAGGUGGGAACUAGACGGCGAGUUUGCAGUGGCACAGACCUGCACGCGUGUGGGUAUCGCCGUUUUUCACUCCGAAGAUGUGGAGUGCCGCACCGAGCUGUACUGGAGCCCCGCAGAGGAGGAUUUCGCCGUGGAGCGUCCCGACCUCGUGGGAGGGCAGUCUGCGGUGAAGAUGCAGACGGAACAUGCUCCCCACACCCUGUUCACGACGCGGGACGUCUCGACGGGGGCCGAGUCGGAGGAGAAGCUGCGGGUGCAGGUCUUCUACGACGGCAGCGUGCUGGAAGUGUUUGUGAACGAGCGCACUGCCAUCACGACGAGAGUGUACACGUCGGACGCGCGGUGCGUUGGGCUCGCGUUGUUUGCUGAGGGCGAUGCCCAGGUUACCGGGUGCUCGGUCUGGGACGGCUUGUCGUGCGCAUAG